CUGUUCAAAAAGAAACACACUUUUAUCUCACACUGGCACAAACGUUAAUGAAGUUGGUGUAAUGGUCACGAGAUUGACUUUCCAAGGAUUCUAGUUGGACUUGAAUUGAAUUUCGACGUAGUAGAAGGCUACAUUGAAUGAGGGUAGUUGCCACUGUGUGACCAAGAAGCUUUUUUUCAUUCGUGAUACCCAGAUGGCAACUGAAUGGUCAAGGGUGUGUGCUUUUGGGGGCCUCUGUUUGUUUGGCCUUGGGGUGUGCCUGUGUAAAAUGGUGUUGCUGGUAGGGAGGUUUACUUGGACAUGUGGUGUUCUUGGGUUCUGUGGCCUGGGAGGCUGACUGGGCCAUCUUGCUUCUUGUGAUUCCUCAGGGAAGAAGAUCUUUGUGCUACUGGGUGUUCUGGAAGGAGCAGUAGGCAUGAACUCGAGACACAUGUGGCAUGGCAUUCUCCCUGGAGGAACGUCUGCAGCUGGGGAUCCACGGCCUGCUUCCACCUUGUUUCAUUACUCAGGACGUCCAGCUGCUCAGAGUACUCAAGAAUUAUGAAAUGAAGAAAGAUGACCUGGAUAGGUAUGUGUUUUUGAUGGGGCUCCAGGAACGCAGCGAGAAGCUCUUCUAUCGUGUGAUCAUGUCAGACAUCGAGAGAUUCAUGCCCAUCAUUUACACCCCCACCGUUGGCCUCGCUUGCCAGCAAUAUGGCUUGAUAUUUAGAAGACCAAGGGGGCUGUUCAUUACCAUCCAUGACCGUGGCCACAUUGCAACACUACUGCAGAACUGGCCGGCGAAAAACGUUAAGGCUGUGUGUGUGACUGAUGGUGAGAGAAUAUUGGGCCUGGGAGACCUCGGCUGCAACGGCAUGGGAAUUCCAGUGGGCAAACUAGCCCUCUACACAGCCUGUGGAGGCGUUCCCCCUCAGCAAUGCCUGCCUGUUAUGCUGGAUGUGGGCACAGACAAUGAGGCACUGUUGCAGGAUCCACUAUACAUUGGGCUCCGGCAUAAGAGGGUGCGAGGCCAGGCAUAUGAUGACCUGCUGGAUGAAUUUAUGAAGGCUGUGUCAGACAGGUAUGGAAUGGACUGCCUCAUUCAGUUUGAAGACUUUGCAAACUUAAAUGCUUUCCGCCUUCUCAGCAAGUACAGAAACAUGUAUUGCACAUUCAACGAUGACAUCCAAGGCACUGCUGCAGUGGCAGUUGCCGGUCUUUUGGCGGCUCUCCGGAUCACCGGGAGCAAAAUGUGUGACCACACAAUUGUGUUCCAAGGUGCAGGAGAGGCAGCAAUGGGGAUUGCUGAGCUGAUUACAAUGGCGAUGGAGAAAGAGGGCCUUUCUAAGGAAGACAGUUUGAAGAAGAUCUGGAUGGUUGAUUCUAAGGGCCUGAUUGUCAAGGGUCGAGAUCAUCUGACUCAUGAAAAGGAGAGGUUUGCUCAUGAGCACCCCCAGAUGAGGAACCUGGAGGAUGUGGUUCGUGAACUGAAACCCACAGCUUUAAUUGGUGUGGCAGCUGUUGCUGGCGCCUUCACAGAGAAGAUCAUCAGGGACAUGGCAUCCUUCAACCAACACCCUAUAAUCUUUGCUCUCAGCAAUCCAACCAGCAAAGCCGAAUGCACCGCAGAACAAUGUUACACAUUUACAGAGGGAAGGGGCAUCUUUGCAAGUGGCAGUCCGUUUGACCCUGUCACCUUACCCGACGGGAGGACCAUGCAUCCUGGUCAAGGAAACAAUGCAUACAUCUUCCCCGGUGUCGGCCUUGGCGUCACCGCCUGCGCUAUUCGACACAUCACUGAAGAUGUUUUUCUUACCGCAGCAGAGGCUCUUGCCCACCUAGUGACAGAAAAGGACCUGUCUGAGGGAAGGCUGUACCCACCUCUCAGCUCCAUCAGGGAGGUCUCUCUCGAACUUGCAGUCAAGAUAAUAGAAUAUGCCUAUGAGCACGGCAUUGCCACGGGUCUCCCAGAACCCUCUGACAAAGCAGCAUACGUGCGCUCACUAGUUUUUACCACUGACUAUGAUGACUUUAAUGUGGACUUGUACCGCUGGCCAGAAGACAGCAUGACACUCCAGUCAUGCAAACUUUGACUGUGUGAGCAUCAAAAAUGUUCCAAAUUCAACCACUGCCAUUAGGAAAAUGACAUGUACAGCUGUAUGUAUAGAAUUUAUUCUUACUGCACUGUAUUUGUAUGAAUAAUAUGGUAACUACUAUGGCAUAAAUGAACCAGUGGAUUUUUAAUGCUGGUGGAAGAAGUUGCAGGAUUUUUAGGGCAUUACGUUCCCCACUAAGGUUCUGAUAUUUUAUUAUUUUAGAAAUUUAGGUAAAUGGGGUUUAUGUAGGUUGAACACAUUUUUUUUUAUUCAGAAUGUCUUAAUUCUGAAAGAGACUUGUCAAGUUGCUGUGUGUAACUCAAGGAAAUGCACUGGAUUUGUGAAAACGUAUUACUUCUGAAUCUGGAUGAUGCCAUAUAUAUGUGAUUUUUUUCUUAAAAUAAAAAGCAUUGUUAUUGUUGGUGUUUUUGUCUAAACC